AGCAAGGUGUGAUAUAAACUUCUCGGAAUUGAUGAAUGAAUCGCGCCAGUAGCGCAUCGGAAUUGUCUGUCUUUUACAUUAGCACGACUCGAGGCCUUUUUGUGUCUAGUUUGUUUAAUAGAAUGUUAGCCAAAGAAAUGUUCUCGCCUACAUCUCUCCUUCGUUCUCUCAUCGUGAACAGCGCUGCGUUUGCGGCCGCAGCCUCCCAGCCACCGAAUCUGCGUUCCCUUUCGACAAUUACUCCCUACAUCAACCCUCAAAGGAGCUACAACCUCCAAGAAUUGGUGCCAACAUUGCCUAGUGGUUUUACUCCACUCAGCUACCAAUUCAUAUCGGCGUUACCCACUCCUGUUGAAGGAGCUUCUUCUCUUGUGGUGCGGCAUGCCGAUGGAGGAACUCCUACUUCUCGUUCUCAAGGGUUUCUUCAACCUCAUGCGACAUCAUUGUUCGCUGCGGCAGGUGCGGUGGCCGCGAGCAUGGUGGCAAAACCUCGCACGACAGUGAAAAAUAGAAAUGGAAGUGUUGGAAGGCUGGUGAGGGGUGCUAGUACUCAUGAUCAUGCGCCAACUGGUGCAGCGCGGGGUUCUCCUUACCGGACGACGAGAAUUAUAACCAGAGCAGCGGAAGAACAGAAACAAAGCCAGAAGAUCAAUUUUUUGUACGGUGAUGAAAGAGCUCAGCACCUUCUUCAUGUCGUCGCAGCAGAUACAGGGCGUAGUUUGGUGAUUAUGGAAUAUGACCCGUCAUCAUCAACGGUUGCGGACGUCAAGCAGACGGUCUUAGCGAGCGUCUCUGCGGGGGAAGCGCUUUAUUCUACAUCGUUAGGAAUCUUUCAUUAUAGCUGGUGGAGCUGGAGGGUGUCGUGACCUAUGUACUUAAGUAGACUUAGAAGUUGUGACGUUUGUUAUAUUUUAUAAGACAUGCAGUAGAGUUCAAGUAGAAGGCGUUCUAGGACGGAUCAUUACUCAACGACACCCUCGAAUGAUUCUGCUAUUUGUACCUGCUGUAUCAACAAUCACUUUUCAACUUUCAUCCUCUGACGCAAAGACGCCUGAACGUGAAGGACAACCACGCAAAAUAACGCAGCUUUCUGUUCUUCUGCUACCUGAUCGUGAAGAAGACGAGGAUAGCGAGAUUACUUUUGAAUCCAUGUUUUCCAGAAUUCCUACUAUCCUCGGACCAGAUUCGGGGAAAAUUGCUGAUUUUGUCGCAUCUUCGGAUAAUGGAGACAAGAAAAAGUAUGGCGCGUGUGCUGGCGACGGGAGCAGAAGCGCUAAUGACAAAGGAGCGGGAUUGGUGGCAGAAGACAAGGUAGAGGACCCAGAACAAGACGUGGAACAAACACCUCCAAAAAAGCUGAAAAACUUCAACAUGCCCAAAAUCAAGGCAGUUUUUAUCCGCGAAUACUUACCGGAUAGUGGAGAUGAUGAGGCCGUUGUCGCUGCAGAGAAAGCUGCAAGAAGGUCUGUGAAGGAAGAGAGAACUCAGGAAGAUGCCCUUCUCUAUUCCUUGUCCCUCUUGCCGUCUCGCACCCUGAGCACCUUACACGCGAAAACCAGUGUCCACACUUCAGUUGGCAAGCUCGAAUCCUUCUCGACCAACUUCUUAUUAGGGCUUCCGCUAAUCCAUCAUGAUCAUUUCUACGUGACUCUGAGUUCCUCAGGCACAUGUAUACAGGGGGGAAAACCACGCGCGUUUUUUUUGUGGUCAUAUUAUUAUACAGCGGCGAUGGAUAAGCCUAAGCUAUACGGGGAAAACCACGCGCAUAUUGUCAUAUUUAUACAGCGGCGAUGGAUAAGCGUAAAAAGGGGUAUCAUUUACGCGCACCAUAUUGUCAUAAUAUAGUACACCGAUGGAUAAGCCUAAGCUGGGUACUAGGUCUCUAAUCUUAGGGUUCUCCACCUACUUCUACCAAAAGGCGUUUGGCGACACGCCUCUGCCCAAGAGAUACGAGUUUCCAAGGCAGACGGAGCAGCCUUUCAUCGAAAGUACGCUAUGGCUCCCGGCGCCAGGGGAGAGUGCGCAAGACCUACUCUUCGUGGAGGAAUAUAACCUAAGGGAGAAGUAACUUGACGUUGACUACCUAUGAUGAAAUGAGUGUAGUAGAGCGCGCGACUGACUUGAUUUCGACUAGUACGGACGGAUAAAGUGAGUGUAGAUAGUGACUGGCUUGAUAGUUUAAGUAUAAGUGCCUAGCACGCAGUGAAGAUCUUUUACUUCCACAACUGCUUUGUUUUCAGAUGAAUCCAGCAUGAACCUCUACUCCUAACAAGCCUUCUCUAACUCCAGACCUCUACUCGUAACAAGCCCUCUCUAACUCGAGACUUAACCUUGCUAGAUCUAGAAGCGUUCGAUGAGCUAGUGAACCUCGCGGACCGCAGCCUCACGCGUCUCGAGGAUUUGCGCAAAGCUCGGUUGAAAUCAAACCAAAAACAGCAAAUUUCCGACGACGACUUGGUUGGGCUUUUACGUGCGGCGCAAGCCUUGGUCCGACAUGGAGACGGUGAGGACGAGGUGCAAAACGAGGACGAGGAGGAUCUAGAUAGGAUCUCAUCCCAAGUAGAACCGGCAGGACUAGAAGGGAACAGUCGAAGCAAGGUCAAGGUUUCUGCUAUUGGUAGUGGAGGAAACAAACAACCUCUGACAUCCUCUCAGUUGUUAAACAACUUCUUGCCUUUGUUGCAAGUGGACUUGGAGGAGCUGAGAGAUAUGGUGUUGCAGGCUGACGAGUCGGAGGAGACUGAAAGGGAGGUAAAGCGGCUGGAGGGCGAGUUAUACAAAGAUCCGGUUGUUUAAGACAUGGCACACCGAAGUACUACAUGUUGUAUGUAACUGCACCUAUCAAUAACAAAAGCAUAGUAACCGUCGUUCUAAUUCUUCACAGAGCUAGUUUCUGUCUACAACUCAGUCAGGCGUACCACAAAUCAGAUUACAGUCAACGGGCAACCAUCAAGUUGUACCUGACGUAUUCUUGGUCAGGAUGAAAAAUCUACAUCUUAUAUCCUCUAGCCUCUAAUCUCCAUGGAGCCGCUGUACUCUUCGUCUCCACUAUCUGGCCGCAAAGCUAAUGGCAGAGCCGUCUCCGUUAACCCAGAAAACCAAAGAUUUGGUCAAGAUUACACUCACUUUUACGGGGCAAAGCGCAGGAGGAGACGCACAGGCGGGAGCGACAGAAGAAGCGCAACGAGAAGAGCUUCUGCCGCGGAAGGAUGAAGAUGAACGCGUUUUGGGUGGUAGUUCCAAAGAAGAAGAUGAGAAAACUGAAGAAAGUGCGACUGCGACAAGGUCCUUGAAAAUUACUUUCGCGGCUCAUCCGGAUUUCUACGGCUGGGGUUCACCUUGGCGUUGGUUGACCUACCCACUCAGCCUGAUCAGGUUAUGGCAAAGUGUGCGAGAGACAAAGAAAUGACGCGAUAGUAUCUUCAUUUUGCUACAGCCAACGAGCCGACUCGGCCAUUCAGCCAUCAUUCAAACGAUCGACCUGGUGAGGAGUAUCUAUCAUCUCAGAACAACCUAAGUAGCAGUAUAGUGUUGAUGUUCUCUAAUCAGAAAGGGAUCUCAAAGGCAGCUGGAGUUGACGCCCACGAUCUUCGAAUAUGAGAGCAAGCGGUCCUCGAUUUUCGGCGAACUGAUCCAGCACGAGGAAGCAGAAAGCAGACUGGUGAAGAAGCGAGAGCGCUUCUAUGAGGGUUAGGGGAUGCAUAGGGAUACUUACACAUGAUAGCUGGUUGUUCUACGCAGGAUCACGGGGAAGACGAUGGGACUUCGGUGAUAGUUUGGAUGUCAUCUAAUUAUAUCUCAGGCAUCAGGUUCGGGGUUGGCCAUUUUGGAAAUUUUUAAGGCUGUGGAUGAAUGUAAGGGCCUACAGCCUUCCAGAUAUUACGCCCCUGGCAGGCUUGUCCCUGUUGUUGUGGUGGUGGCGUUACCGAGUAACAUCCACAACCUAAAUAGCAUGCAUUUUCAUGCUGUUCGUAUGCUGAUGGUGGUACGUUAAUCAAAGGCCAUCCAUCAUCAUCAUCCUGAGGGGUUUCAGUGCAUAAGGAUCCCGGUCGCUAUGAUCUUCACACGAUUAGACUCAUAGCCUUGAGCCUGUUGCAAUCAUAUCACUCAACGAGAACACUCAGAAGGAGAAAGACGAACGCAAGCGGAGAACCAACAGACCAAGAGAGAAGAGCCAAACGAUUCAGCUCAGGGAAUGCGGAACACCGAGCGAGUUGGUUGGGCCUUGAUCUUCAUGCGUAACAUCA